AUGAUUGUAUGGGUUCGUCUUCCAGCCCUCAAGGUUCACUUCUACCAUCAUGAGGCUCUCACGUCCUUGGGGAAUCUUAUUGGCCGUACAAUCAAACUCAAUUAUCAUACGAUCAAUCAACAACGAAGGAAGUUCACUCGUUUGGCAGUGGAGAUUGAUAUGACCAAACCUCUAGUUCCCCGGAUUUUCUUGGAUAUCACUGACAGAAAGUGGAGUAUGAAAACCUCCCAACGGUGUGCUUCGAGUGUGGGAAGGUUGGCCACAGUUCUGGUGGCUGCUCAAUGCUUCAACCUGCAACGAUCGGCGAUCAAUUGGCCAUCGUCGGCGAUCAAUCUCCGGCCAAGCAGGCGACCGUUGAGGAAGCGACUAAAGCAGGCUUUGGGCCAUGGAUGUUAG